UUCAGAGGUACUCCUAUGCAUAUGAAUGGUCAAGAGGAACGAGAGCUAGGAAAUUAAAGCCCUCAUAACGGUCCCCAUCAGUCAUUGCCGUUUAACGCUUUGUCCAUCUACGUUUCUCACCUCCCUUGGUACACUGAUGAAGCGCGAUUGUUCUUAAGCAUGCUUUCAUCACCGUCUCGAAAGUCUUCCUACCAUCAGGACCCUCACAAACAUCAACCUGACCCCAAGGCUGAGGCCAAGGUACGAGACUACAUCAACUCUCUGGCAGUCAAGGAGACCAUCGAAGCAACAAAGUCCUGGACUUGCGUCAAUCAUUGAACCACCUCUCCCAUCUCGAGGACAGCAUCAAGACAACAGAGGCCUCCCGCUUGCAAUGGCCGAUGGACGGAAUGAGGCUCGCGCUAUGCGAAUACUUGAAAUCAUGAACGAUUUUCGGACGUUACAAAUUCACAUCAACUCGCUUAUUACACGGAGAGAGGCAAGCCCUCCCGAUCAGCAUUCAUACUACCUCGAUGGCUAUGUGGUACUGCGGCAGUGCGCUGCAGAGUCGCAAGCUAUCUUAGCGACACAUUACAACCCCGGUAAUUUGGGACUCCAAAGUGGCCAAGUUGACGAAACGGAAGUCACCAAGGCGACGUUGCAAAGAAUUAUUCUGGAUGCGGCUACGCGCAGGCUCCAGGCGCACAAAAUAUAUUUACGGGCGGCAGCUGCCAUACGAUGGGUUCAGAUGCGAGCCCAGCUACUCAGAGGAGAGCGAUCGAGUCAAAGAAACGCCAAUGGUUUGCGUGCAAUUGACCACAGACUUCGUUCGGAACUCGACGACAUUACUGACGAACACGUCGUCAACGACCUUCGCAACGCUGAUCGUCGCAAAGGUUACUGGCUCGACGAAGAUCCAGUGCUGGAUCGCAUGCUCGCCUGGAUACGAAUGCAGCGGUGAACAAUGCGACAAAAAUGUUUCCGGCCUUUCGAGCUUAGCCUCUGGUACAGUGAGGUAGUCCCAAGCCAAUGUCGAUCAGUGGCUUACUGGCUAUUUUUU